UGUUUGACUUUGACAGUUGGUGAUACGGUUCGUUUGGUUUGGGCCCGGCCGAGUUGAGCUGCUGCUGUUGAGCUGCUUGCAAAGUAGGCGCUUAAUAUUUAUUUAACUUUAGUAUCUAAAUACCGAUUUAUCAAAUACGGAAUAAUAAUAACUGAAAAUGGCAUCUGAAAAGAGGAUAGACAUCACCAAGCCGCUCUGGGACCAGAGCACCUUUGUAGGCAGGUUCAAGCAUUUUGCCUUCAUCUCCAAUCCUCUACUGUCUUUGGUGCCGGAGUCUGAACUGCAUGAAGCUAAGGAGCUGUAUUUUAAGUACAUAGAAGGCAAAGAGCCUGCCAACACUCCCAUGGACAAAUUGGUCCGAGCCAAGCAGCUAUACGAAUCAGCAUUCCAUCCGGAUAGCGGAGAGCUACAAAAUGUGUUUGGCCGUAUGUCCUUCCAAAUGCCUGGAGGCUGCCUCGUCACAGGAGCUAUGUUGCAGUGGUACAGAACAGGUACAGCCAUAGUAUUCUGGCAGUGGGUAAACCAGUCGUUCAACGCACUAGUCAACUAUACUAACCGCAACGCCAACUCGCCGCUCACGACGACGCAGAUGGGGGUCGCUUAUGUAUCGGCCACGUCCGCUGCUAUGGCUACGGCGCUAACUUUCAAGUUCGUCGUUCAGAAGCGCGCUAAGAAUCCUAUCCUAGCGAGGUUCGUGCCUUUUGUAGCCGUGGCGGCCGCCAACUGGGUGAACAUCCCCUUGAUGCGACAGAACGAGAUUAUAAAAGGUCUGGAGGUCUCAGACGAGAACGGGAAGAUUAUCGGCAAGUCUCAGCUAGCCCCCGCUAAGGGAAUCUCACAAGUGGUUACUUCUAGGAUCGUAAUGUGCGCCCCCGGGAUGUUGCUACUGCCGGUUAUAAUGGAGAGGAUCGAGCACAAGCCGUGGAUGCAGCGCAUCCGCUGGGCACACGUCGGCAUCCAGACCGCCAUCGUGGGCAUGUUGUAAGUAUUGAUGCCAGGCAUGAUCGAGCACAAGCCGUGGAUGCAGCGCAUCCGCUGGGCACACGUCGGCAUCCAGACCGCCAUCGUGGGCAUGUUGUAAGUAUUGAUGCCAGGCAUGUUGCUACUGCCGGUUAUAAUGGAGAGGAUCGAGCACAAGCCGUGGAUGCAGCGCAUCCGCUGGGCACACGUCGGCAUCCAGACCGCCAUCGUGGGCAUGUUCCUAACCUUCAUGGUACCGACUGCCUGUGCUCUCUUCCCGCAAAGAUGUAAAAUCUCAACUGACACCAUCAAACGAUUCGAACCCGAGAAUUAUGAGGAAAUAUUGAAAAAUACGGACGGCAAACCUCCUCAAUACGUAUACUUCAACAAGGGUCUGUAAGCAGUUGUUAUUAAGGGUCUGUAAGCCGUAGCUGUAAGUAGUUGUUAUUAUGUAAAAUAUAAUAGUAAAUCUUGUCUAUGGACUCAAGAAUAUUUAACGGAGGUAGAAAUGUAGAAAAUUUGUUUAAAUAUGUCAGUAUUUUGACAGGCUUUCUAAAUAAUAAAGUACAGAUGUAGUGCAUAAUAAAAUUGUUUUCUAUCGUAUUUUGACGGAAACGUACUAACGUCUCUUGCUAUUUCAGUCAGUCUCGGUACAAAAAGUACUGAGGUUGACUGAAGUGGCAUGACAAAUACGAACGUUUCCGAAAAAAUACGAUGGAAUACAAUUAUGCACUACAUCUGUAAGAUAAACGUUAUAUCUUAUGCCGAUUCAGAUGUUUGUAAAAGUGGAAGAAAUCAAGUGUAUUAGGUACGAAAAAGAUAGCUUUGAGAAGACCUUGGUCCUGAGGAACUACAUUUUUUAAAACUAUUGAUGUGUCCAUAGACAAGCAUAUAAAAAAUAGCUGUCGGUGUUGUUAUGGGUGACCAGUGUUGCCAUAUCAAAUGGGCGUAAAUAUAGAAGAGUAAGCAGAGAAUUAAGUAGAUUUAAGAAAAUGAAUUAGCGUAUUUGACUUACUUGCGCUUAUUUUAAAUUGCUGUUAGAAUUUUGUUUAUUGGGUAUUUUAAAAAUCGAAUAAUCUAAGCGCAUUUUUUUUAAAGAAUAUCCAGACUUCGGAGAAUUCGUAAAUUCGUAAAUUAGGUGCCUUACUUGGGUUUUGAAAAUCGGUUAUGUUAAUUUGUUGUUAAAAUGAUAUUACCUAAGAUCAUAAUUUACUAUAGGUACGUACGUAAUACCUAUAUCGUUACUCUGAAAUAUUUUUUUAUUGUUUUUUUAGUAAUUAAGUUUACUCGUAAGUGUUAUUGGAAACCAGUAUUGUUUUAAUUAAAAGGUAAAAUCAUUAUUUUUUUACCUUUCAAAAAUCAUGCCUUUAAUCUUUAUCACAUUUUUACUUAUUUUAACGUUUAUUUACUUUGUAAGAUUAUUUUGGAAUUUCGUUUUAGGAAUGUUUAUUUUUGCGCUUUAUUUUUUCUCUAUAUUGAAAACCAUACAUUCCGAUUGGUAUUACUUAAUAAAAUAUACGCAGUCUGUGCUUUUAUAUGCAUUUGCUGUUGUUAAAACGCACUAAGGAAUUACGAAUGUCAUUAAAUCUAUGCUACGUAAUUUAGGUAUAUAACGUACUAUUUCACGGUUGCAGUGAAAUUAGGUCUAAAUGUAUACUAAUUACUCUAUCUAUACUUCGGUUUUUUUAGCAUUAGAAAUUAGGUAACAAUCUUGAUGUUUCUUUUAAUUGAAAAACACAUUUUAAUAAUAAGUUACGGCAAAUAUGUAACAAUGAUGAAUCUAAUACGAUCAUUUAUAUUCUUCUGCUUUCGUAAGUAAUAGUUACUGAUUUUUAAAAAGCGUUUUUUAAUUAAAAAACAUGUCAAGAUCGCUUACCUUCUUGCAAGUUCUUUCUAAUGCUAAAAAAAAACGAACUAUAGUUAGUUAACACUUUCAGUGCCAAGAACCCGCUAGUCGGGUCCCCGGGAUGUCCUUUCGGGACGUCACCGGCGUCAACCCCAAGGAUAAGAUAGAUAUAGCUCUAAAUUCCUAAAAUAAAUCACAAAAAAUACCGCUAGUCGGGUUCAUUUUGUAUUGAAAAUGGACGCUUGGUACUGAAAGUGUUAACUGUCGAAUUUAUAUAUAUGCUCAUGGACAAUUUUAGAGGAAGGCAAGAAAAGUUUAAUUACUGGAUUACAGCACUUAAAGUAAUUUCAAAAUUAUUAAUUAAACUUUUUUUUGCGUUCCUCUAAAUUUGUCCAUGAGUGUAGUUCAUUAAUUAUGGAAAUAACACUUUUAUUCGGUUAAAUUCCGCUAUUGCAUACUCAUAAAACAAUCUGUAUUCUUAUCAAAGUUAUCAAGAAUUAUUCAAAUCUUGAACUAUCAGAAUUGUGAUUUAUUGAUACGCUCAGUUUAGUAAAUAUUUCUAGUCUUUUUUUAGUGCUCAGAAGCAAUUAGCCUAUGUCAUUUCCUUAAAUUGUGCCAUUAAUAUUUAUACACAGUUUUUCGAAAUCUGAUGUUUUUUGAUUAUAACAGCUUUUUACAUUUUUUGUUUAAACGGCAAGCAAGGCUAAGACAAUAAAAUACCUAUAGAGAA